CCAUUGUGCCAUAACAAAAUCGUCUGCUGCUGUUCAUUUGUUUUCUGUUCGCAUCGGUUCGCAUGCUGUUUUUCGUUGAAACCGAACACGCCGACUCGGCGUGAAAACUUGUUAAUUGCAAAUCAAAUUUUUGAAAAAAAUUCGUGAAUAGGCCUACCAAAUAACAAAAAGUGCGUUAUUAUGAAAUCAAUUGUUGCUUGAAUCUGGACCUGGUUCAACAUGGAACUUCAACUUCAGUAAAUGAAACUAGAUGGAGAAAAAGUUUGGGGAUCACACUUGGAACAACAGGAAAUACUAGAUGGACAAUUUCCACUUUCAGCUUUCCAAUUUUGUCGAACAGCAUUAUUCUCUUUGCCGCUAGUCAAUCAACUGUGAUCCAGUGUUCCACAUUUGACUUCUCAGGAUGUUUCCCAUUGCCAAUACUGCCAACCUUGCUGCAGUUCCCGAGUGGUAAGCUGUGGGUAUAGACACCACCGACAUCAAAGAUGAUGGGCCGCUUACAACAGAGUAAUUACAUCACUUAAUUUUCCUUUUCAUUUCAGUCAUUGCCAGUUUUUCUUUUAACUUUAUACCAGAUUGAGCUCAAGUCCUCAUCAUAUUUUCUCUUAGUUUGUUGUUUGGCACUGCCAACCAACUGCAUCAGUUUCCACAGUUUUUUUACAGGGUAUCUGCUUUGAAGAUGGCCAACGUCAAAUUUCUUUUCAUUAAUCCAAUGAACAAUACUGGUGGAUUUUCGAAUGGACGUGACCGACAGCAUCCGACCGUUCAUCCCUGGCAGGAGGAUCAGGUGGAUCUGGCCUAGAAGCCGGAAGCCCAUCAUACGCUGGUUGAGAGUGACGUCUGUGACGAGUUGGUGGCGGCCAAGACGAUUCUGUCGACUUAGUAGCUGCCGCUGUUGUUGCGGCCCAUCAAACGAGACGUCCAGCGGGUGAACCAGCGACGAUGGCCGAUAUUGACGAGAAAGUGAAUUGAUCGGAUCCAGCAUCCCGGCUGCCCACGGCUACUUGGACUCGGCCAGCCAGUCGGUGACCCAGCGUUGGUUGAGGGGUGAGCUGUCCAACUUCCAGUAUCUGAUGCACCUCAACACGCUGGCCGGCCGCACCUACAACGAUCUGAUGCAGUACCCGUUUUCCCCUGGGUCCUGGCCGAUUACGAUUCGCCCGAGCUGGACCUCUCGCAGCCGUCCACCUUCCGCGACCUGUCCAAGCCGAUGGGAGCCCAGACGUCUGACCGGCUGCAGCAGUUCCGCAAGCGCUACAAGGAGUGGGACGACCUGCACAACGAGACGGGCCCCUACCACUACGGCACCCACUACUCGAACUCGUCGGCCAUGAUCGUCUGCUCCUAUCUGGUCCGGCUGGAGCCCUUCACCCAGCAGUUCCUUCAGCUGCAGGGCGGACACUUUGAUUUGGCCGACCGGCUGUUCCACUCGAUCAGGGAGGCCUGGUGGUCGGCCGCCCAGCUCAAUAUGGCCGACGUCAAGGAGCUGAUCCCCGAGUUCUUUUACCUGCCCGACUUUUUGGUCAACGCCAACCAGUUUGACCUGGGCUGCAAGCAGAGCGGCGUGGCCCUGGACGAUGUCGUCCUGCCGCCCUGGGCCAAGAACGACCCGCGCGAGUUCAUCCGGGCCGCCCUGGAGAGCGACUACGUCUCUCAGCACCUGCACGAGUGGAUCGACCUCAUCUUCGGCUACAAGCAGCAAGGGCCGGCGGCCGUCGAGUCCGUCAACCUCUUCCACCCGCUCUUCUACGAGGGCAACGUGGACAUUGACAGCAUCGAGGAUCCGCUCAAGAAGAACGACGUCAUCGGAUUCAUCAACAAUUUCGGCCAGACGCCCAAGCAGCUUCAAGAAGCCGCACCCUCCAGCAAGAAGGUGGUUGGGGCCGGCAGUCGCAUCAGCGGACUGGAAAUGGCCCUGCCUCUGGCCGGACAGGCUGCCAUGCAGAUCCUGCCUCUGCUGCCGUCGUUGGCUUCCGGCUUCCAUUCGGCGGCCCUUGGCUCCACCUUUGGUCCAUCAACGGCGACCCGCUGGCCAGCGGGUUUCUCCAUCUGUUUCUCCAUCUUCCGGUUGCAGGUUUCAAGUGGCAGAGGCAAUUGAUUUUCCGGACGAAAUUGACGAUGCACACGGCCUACGAUCGCCAAGACAACAGCGAACCUGCGUCCGUCACAUCUCUGGCCAUUUCCAAGGACAAUCGAACUGUAUUGGUUGGCGACGCCCGCGGUCGCAUCCAUUCGUGGAGCGUGACGGACGUGAUGGGCCGCUCGGUGGCCGACCAUUGGCUCCGCGACGACAUUUUCGAAACGUGCACUAAAUGCCGCGUGAAAUUCUCGUUGACUGAACGGCGACAUCACUGCCGCAACUGCGGACACGUCUUUUGCUCCCGUUGCAGUCGCUACGAGUCUGAAAUUAUGCAAUUGAGGAUCCGCCGGCCGGUGCGGGUGUGUCAGGAGUGCUACGCUUCUUUAAAAAUGUCCAGCGAUGGAACUUCUUAAUUUCGACCGACAAAAGAUGAAGAAAUGUUUGACUUAAACAAAAAAGAAAAUGGGCUAAUCUGUCAGAGAGUAGUGAAUCAAUGUCCAGUUAUGUAACGACACACCCGCCCUUUGGCCCAAUGGAUCAGGGGGCGGGGCAAUUUAUAUCACAGGUGUGUAGAUGAUUUCUAAAAAAUUUGGUUUCUAAAAAACGACAGUCGUGUUUUAGCAGAUGAUGUUUAUACAAUCGACAUUCCAAUCGGCCCCUUUUAUUACCCUCCGGUUUGCACACAAUCACAUGAACACAAAGGAUUGAAGAAAAAGAACUGAAGUAGCUGUGCUGGUGUUCACCUGAAAUUGCUGUGCCACAAGAGUUGCAGAUAGUGUUUGGUUCCUCAUAGAAGGUUUAUUUAAAGAGUCUGGAGAUGAUCAGCCACUUCUGCCUUUAACUUAUGUAAAACUUCAAAGUUGUAAGAAAUAUACAAGUCAAGUGCU